AUGCUCAAAACUCUAAACCGGGUGAGGGUUUGUUGGACUGUGCAUAUGAGCGAAUACCUCCAGAAUCAACUCCGGACGAGCCCAAGACUCGAACUUGAAUUAUUUCAUACAGGUUCAUGGAUCACCAACCAGAACAGUAAACUGACGAUCAAGAUGAACAAAGAAUUAGAAUUUGUGAGGAAGCUCCGCUUCUUUAACAGAGACCUCCGAGCUUGCUGCCGGCGGAAAGAUAAAUUGAGCCCGCUGUCACGGCAUCCCCUACCAAAAACCUUUACAUCCACAGAGAUAUUUUUCCUCUGCGGCCUUGGCUAA